CUCCUCGCCAGUACACACUGACCCGACGAGCGACACCUACCCUCUCCUCUGCCUCCUCGAGCAACCCUCCUCCUACUCCCCUCUCCCCUCUCCCCGCGAGGCAGAGUGAGCUCCGCUUUAGUCGCCACCCCCACUACGACUGCGUUCUUGACAACCAUGGCCUCCACGCUUCUCCUCAUGCUGUCCCUCUCCUUGAGUUUCCUUUUCCUAUGCCUCGUCUACUAUCUGCUUUUGAGAGCUUUCCAUACCAGGUCGGGAAACCUUCCCCUGCCUCCGGGCACCAUGGGUUGGCCUUAUAUCGGAGAGACCUUUCAGCUCUACUCCAACAAUCCUAACACCUUCUUCGCCCUCAAACAGAAGAGGUACGGGCCCGUGUUUAAGACACACAUACUAGGAUGUCCCUGCGUGAUGGUGUCGAGCCCUGAGGCGGCAAGGUUCGUGCUGGUAACGCGGGCUCACCUGUUCAAGCCGACGUUCCCCGCGAGCAAGGAGCGGAUGCUGGGCCCGCAGGCUAUCUUCUUCCAGCACGGAGAUUACCACGCCCGCCUCCGCCGCCUCGUCCUCCGGGCGUUGAAGCCUGAAGGCAUUCGCGGUUCCAUCGCCGGCAUUGAGGAGGUCGCUCGCCGGGCCUUGCAGUCCUGGGACGGUCGCUUGAUCAAUACCUUCCACGAAAUGAAGACGUACGCGUUCAACGUGGCACUGCUGUCUAUCUUUGGGAAAGAUGAGCUUUCCUACAUAGAGGAUCUGAAGCAGUGUUACUACACCCUAGAGAAGGGCUACAACUCCAUGCCUAUCAACCUACCCGGGACCCUGUUCUACAAGGCAAUGAAGGCCAGGAAACAGCUCGCACAGAUUGUGGCCAAGAUUGUCCUAUUCAGGAGGACGAAGUUGAAGACAGAGGACAGUGGCCUACUUGGUUCUUUUAUGGAAGCCAAAGAAGCCCUGACGGACGACCAGAUUGCCGACAACAUCAUCGGGGUCAUCUUUGCGGCCCGGGACACCACUGCUAGUGUGCUCACCUGGAUCGUGAAGUACCUCGGAGAGAAUCCAGGCAUCUUACAAGCAGUCACCGAAGAGCAAGAGGAAAUUAUGAAGAGCAAACAAGUGGGUGAUGAUGAGAAAUCGCUGACUUGGGCUGAUACCAAGAGGAUGCCAUUCACUUCCAGGGUGAUUCAGGAAACGAUGAGGGUGGCUUCGGUCCUAUCUUUCACCUUUAGAGAAGCGGCGGAAGAUGUGGAGUACGAAGGGUAUCUCAUUCCCAAGGGUUGGAAGGUGUUGCCACUCUUCAGAAACAUUCACCACAGUCCGGAUAACUUCACCGACCCGGAAAUUUUUGAUCCCUCCAGAUUUGAGGUGGGCAAAGGAGGACAGCCUCCCCCUAUCUCAAUCAAUCUCCUUCCCCUCUCCUCUGCAGACAAAUCAGUCUCUCUUUCUGUGUUCAACUGCUGCAGGUCGCUCCAAAACCCAACACUUUCAUGCCCUUCGGGAACGGGUCCCACUCCUGCCCUGGCAAUGAGCUUGCUAAGCUGGAGAUGCUGGUCCUCCUCCAUCACCUCACGACUAAAUACAGGUGGUCUAUGCUGGGAAACCAAAGCGGUAUUCAGUUUGGACCUUUUGCGCUGCCCCAGAAUGGCCUGCCCUUGAGAUUCUCUCUCAAGUCACGAGUCGAGGAAUAAAGAGUCUGAUCGUCUUCAGUCACGUCAUAUGCCGUCCAAAAGUUGCAGCCAAAGGCGACUUUCCGCGGUUAUAGUUUCAAGAAGCAGCACUCGGCAAUCAAGAGAAGGAUUGCGAGAAAGGCAUCAUAGUCAGAGGAGGGAGGAACCCGAAAAGGGCUUCUCGACGGCAUGUUGUAUAUACUCCUAUCAAUUCAGAUCACCGAGGGAAGUUACUCGACUCUGGAGCCUAAUAAAUACCCUGGAAACAGGCUUGCUCUUGUAUCGGGAGAGUUAUGUUGGUUUCUGUCGGUCGGAUCCCAUGCUUAAAUGUUGGCAAUUCCAAGCGAAAGGAUUGUGGGAAAGAACAAGAAAUCUUGACUUUUUAAACA